CCGCGCUGAUCGCAGCGCGCCAUUGGCCGCUGUCUGCGCGCACGUCACGAUCAUGAUGAGAAUUAAUGAUCGGGGCCGCUGAUUUCAUUGUGUGACGCCGGGACCGACCCAGCCGAGCCCGGCCGAGCCCGGAGCCCCCGCGCCGGCCCCGCGCUACACGUGCCAAUGUGUUGCCAACCAGCUGGACACUCGGCUUCCCAAAAGCUCACAGGCUUGUUUGCUAAGCUUGGCAAGUCAAGAUCAAAAUGAAAUUAUGAUAAAAAUCCAGGUGGAUUUCUAACUUGGAGUCUGAGGUUCAAGACAAAGAUGAAUCUGCGUUCUGUAUUUACUGUAGAGCAACAAAGGAUAUUACAGCGUUACUAUGAAAAUGGAAUGACAAAUCAAAGUAAAAAUUGCUUUCAGCUCAUAUUACAGUGUGCACAAGAAACUAAACUGGAUUUCAGCGUGGUCAGGACGUGGGUUGGCAACAAGCGGCGGAAGAUGAGCAGCAAGAUCGCCGUGGAAUCUGGGGGCACCCCCCCAGGCACUGCCCCUGCCACUCCCUCCAUGCCCCCAGAAGCAGCGGUGAGAAAUGUGGUAAAUAUUGCUCGAUCCCAAAGCCAGCAAUCCUCUUGGACCUCUUCUAACAACGACGUGAUAGUGACUGGUAUCUACAGCCCUGCCAGCUCCUCGGGCCGGCCGGGAGCCUCCAAGCACACGAACGCCUCUGUGGCAGAGCUGCACAAAACCUCCAUCCCCCGGCUCCCGGGCAAGAGCGACGCAGACUUCCAGCAGCAGCACAUCCCUCUGGGACGGCAGGUACCCCACUGUAAAAACGCUUCCCUCUUGGUGGGGGAAAAGACCAUUAUUCUAUCCAGGCAAACGAGCGUGCUCAAUUCUGCAAACUCCAUCUACAGUCACACGAAGAAAAGCUACGGCAGCUCCUCGGUGCAGACGGCGGAGCUGGUGUUACCUCAGAAACCCAUGAUUUGCCACAGGCCCUGCAGGGCCGAGCCCUUGGCGUGCCAGCGCUUGCACAAACCCGAGCCCGCGGCCCUGGCGUCGCACGUGCCCCCCGGGCCGAGGGCUCACCCCAGGGACCCCGCGUGUGGCACGCAGAACCUGGAGAUCCGCGAGGUGUUCUCGCUGGCCGUCACGGACCAGCCGCAGCGGCUGGUGGCGGGCAGCGCGCCGCAGAAGCAGCCCUCACCUGAGGGCAGCUGCCUGUCCAUCGCAAUGGAGACCGGCGACGUGGAGGACGAGUACGCCCGUGAGGAGGAGCUGGCCUCCAUGGGAGCGCAGAUCCACAGCUACUCCAGAUACUGUGAGGGCAGCGGCUCCGGCCGUGGGGACAACCAAAGCGCGGCCGGGCCGGGCCGCAGCGGGGGCUGUGGGACACAGCUGGGCGGUGCCAGGGAUGUGCCUGACAAUCUCCUCUACCACAGCAGAGAGUUCCACCUGCCUGCACGGACCUCAUUGCACACAACAUCCAGCACGAUUUAUAACCCUGCCAACGCAGCCAGAAGUACCUUUUCUCCUCAUUUUACAUCUUCAAGUCAACUGAGGCUGUCACAAAACCAAAAUAAUUACCAGAUUUCAGGAAACCUUACUGUGCCUUGGAUUACAGGUUGUUCCAGAAAAAGAGCAUUACAGGACCGCACACAAUUUAGUGACCGAGACUUAGCUACCCUAAAGAAAUACUGGGACAAUGGCAUGACCAGCCUGGGCUCAGUCUGCAGAGAGAAAAUUGAAGCUGUGGCUGCAGAAUUAAAUGUUGACUGUGAAAUAGUUCGGACUUGGAUUGGGAAUCGAAGACGGAAAUAUCGUUUAAUGGGGAUUGAGGUCCCACCCCCUAGAGGAGGUCCUGCUGAUUUCUCUGAUCAAUCUGAAUUUGUUUCUAAAUCAGCACUUAAUCCAGGAGAGGAAACUGCUACUGAAGUGGGGGAUGAUAAUGAUAGGAAUGAUGAAGUAUCAAUCUGCUUAUCUGAAGGAAGCUCACAAGAAGAGACAAAUGAAGCUCUUCAAAAUGAAGAAAUUGGCCACAAAGACGAUGACCAGAAUCCAGUUUCCACUGAUAAUGUGAAAAUAGAAAUUUUGGAUGAUGAGGAGAGUGAUCUGAUCAGCAAUUCUGAAGUGGAUCAGAUGAGUUCUCUUUUGGAUUACAAGAAUGAAGAAGUCAGGUUCAUCGAGAGCCAGCUGGAGAGCCACAAACAGAAAUAUUUUGAACUGCAGACAUUUACCCGGAGUUUGAUACUUGCAAUUAAAUCAGAUGAUAAGGAACAGCAGCAGGCUCUGCUUUCAGACUUACCUCCUGAACUUGAAGAGAUGGAUUUCAACCACACCUCCCCAGAGCCCGACGAUACCUCAUUCAGCCUCUCGUCGCUGUCGGAGAAGAACGCCUCAGACAGUUUGUGAUCCCUGUUCUGCAGGAUCACAGCCUCAGACAGUUUGUGAUCCCUGUUCUGCAGGAUCACAGCCUCAGACAGUUUGUGAUCCCUGUUCUGCAGGAUCACAGCCUCAGACAGUUUGUGAUCCCUGUUCUGCAGGAUCACAGCCUCAGACAGUUUGUGAUCCCUGUUCUGCAGGACCACAGCCUCAGACAGUUUGUGAUCCCUGUUCUGCAGGAGACAGAGCACAAACCCCACGGGAGGUGCAGGGCUCAGGGGACAGAGAGAGGCUUUUGCUCUGCAGAGUUCUCAGCCUGUGCUGGAGGGCAGCUCUGGCUCCUCACAGCUUUUGCCCAGCAAUUGGCAGCGCUGGGUUUGGAAAAUCAAAGAACUGGGUGAGGGAAGGGUUCACUGGUAGCUUGGCCUUGGGUAGGAUUAACUUUGACUCUCCAGAACAACUCUGUAGCAAAGUCUUUUUGAGCGGGGAUGGAAGAAUGGGAAACACACGCAGUGAAUUCUCUAGCUCCACAUGCUCCCCAGGCCUGUUUAUUAUAUUUUUCCCCAUUUUUACUCAGGUAGGUGGACUAAAAAUUGGGGAUCCAAAUAGAAUAACGGGCUUUCUCUGAGUUGUGCUUGAAAACCUGAAAUUAAACUGAAGUGUUUUUCGUUUUCUGAUUUGAGAUUGUUAAAUCUUCCAUUUUUCUGACCAAAAUAGCUGAAAAACCUUGAAAGGCUAACUGAAGAAAUUGAAUUAUCAUGAAUAAAUUAUUAAUGCAAAGAAGCAGUGAUAAGUGUUGGAAGAAAUUAGGUGGAAAUGGGAACCCUGAUAGCUGCAGGACACAAUUUCCUAAUACAGUAGCAAUGGGAUUGGAUGUUUACACUCUUUAGAGUUUAAUGAUUGUAGUCUCAGUUUUUAUUUGUUAAAGCCUGAAUACUAAAGUACUGCUUAUUAUUUUAAUUCUUGGGUUUAUGUUUUUCCACAAACUUUGCUCCAGUUUACCAAGCCAGUCAGAAUUCCACAGCUGUCAUUGCAUCCUGAAAGGUUUUCCAGUGUUGGAAGUGUGCUUUGCAGAUCUGCUUUGAAGCCCUGCCUGGUGCAUUUUUUGGCAAGUGCCAUUUCUAAAUUGUGAUCUGGAUUGCAGGCAGGGGCUGAACUGAAUUUCUUCUUUCCCAGAGCUGUUGGCACUGAGUCCCAUCUCUCCUGUGGUGGAAUGGCUGUGCAGAGAUGCUCAGGUGGAUUCAGUGGGGUGUGUUGGAGUCCAGGGAAUGCCUGGCCAUGGCAGUGGUGCUGUGGUUGAGUGACAGGGUGGUGACCAGUCCAAGGCAGGUCUCAGUCCUGGAGCUCUUCUCCUCCAGGAUGGUUCUGUGGGAUGCUCCUUGUCCCUGCCCAUGGCAUUGAUGCUCCAAUUCUAACCUGGAUUUCCCUCAGCAAGCAUUUUUCACACAGAUACUUCAGUCUGGUAAAAAACCUGAUCUUCCCAUUUUAUGCCAAAUAAUAAUUGACUCUGGGGAGUCUUUGUUCAUGCAGUAAGUUACCCCCUUAAUUUCAGUGGGAGGUCCAAGGUGUAGCUCAGAAAAUCCAGAGUGUUAGGGAAAUAACACCUUUUUUUUCCUUUAAUACUGGGAUUAGACUCAGGUUUUAGUGUUUUCUCAGUCUGAUCAGUUCCUCCCUAAUCACUUGUACAGCUCUUUUUGUUUAGUAUCAGUAGUGAGCUCUGUUCUUUCAGGUUUUUAGUCUCUCCUCUCCUUGGGCAUGAGGAGCUUUUAGCAAUACUGUAAAAUACCAGCUGCAGAAAGGGCAGGAAUGGUUUUAAAAGGUGUUCUGGAAAACCAAAAGUCUCUCAGUUCUGCCACCUGUACAGUUCUGUAAGUUCCCAACAGAGCUGCCCUUCCACAGGGAAAGCCCAGAGCUCCAGGCUGUGUGUGAGCUGAGGCAUUAAACUCUGAGUGGAAAUGAGGUUUGUGAGCAGAGCUCACAGUGCUGUCCUUCACAGGGAGGACAGAGCUGAGCUGGAAUUCUCUGAAAAACUAUUUAUAAAGGGUUUUCUAUGCCAGGCCGACAAUGGUUUCUAUUGCUGUUCUCUUUAGACAGGAAAUUUGUGCCACUGAUAAUGAAACCUCUUGUUUUCUGUGACAUUUACAUAAAACAGUGCUGGGAUUUGCCACUAUUUGGACCCUGUUUUCCUGCUUCUUCCACUUGAAUUCCCAUGAGAGAGGGCAGGAUACUCUUAACAGGAGUUCUCAAUUUCAUGGUCAAUUAAAUCAUCUGCCUUCCUGCAAGAAAAACUUCCAUUGAUGAUUCCUAUUUUGCUGUCUUGCUGCUAUUUCAUACCCAAACAAAUCGAAGGACUGAAUUUUGAAUGAACUGUUUGCUGGAUACAAGCAAUGAUGUCAGUCCCUGUUCUCCAGGAGGCUGGAAUCCUCUUGGAUGUGCAGCUGAGACGAGCUGGGCAAGGCCCACCCCAUCCCUGGGCAUGUUCUGUGGUCCCUUCUCCUGUCAGGGGACAAAACACAGCCUGGGACACUUGACAACACUACAGGAUAGUCAGGGAAAAGAGGAUUAAUUCUAUCCCUGAAUAGCAAAAUCUGUGGAGAAAGAUGCUGCACAGCUCCUUGGCUGGUUUUUUCAGUGUCAGUGUGUAUUUCCAACAAAAAUCGAGCUGCUACCAUUAGUGGUGGUUACAUGUUGGUGGAGAGCAGUGGGGUGGCUGUGGGGUGGGUUUAGGUUCAGGAUGUUUUCCCUGUCUGCAGGACAGUAACAAACACCUGCAGCAAGUGCAGUUCAUCAUUCCAUGACCUUCCACAGGAGAUGAAGCUCAUGCUGUGGUUUUCAGGGUGACAGAAAUCAGCCCCUCUCAGUCCCAGUGAGUGACUGUAAUGUGAAUUAUCACUGCAGCAGAAGGGCCUCGUGCUGGUGGUUUCAUCACCUUCCUGUGGCCAUGGAGCAAUGUUUGACCACCCUGCACAGUGUCUCAUUUGCUUUGUCCAUGAACAAUGACUUCCCUGGCAUUGUUCAUUCCUAAAGCAUCCAUGGGAGCAUCAGUGAUGUCUUUCUGAAGAAACCCAGGUGGGAAAGCAGCCCAGAACAAACACUUUACCCAGAGGCAGGACAGGCUCUCCCUGGGGAGCUGCUUUUGAUGCUGGAAGGAUGAAACCCUAUUUCCUGGAGCUCUGCCUGCUUCCCUCUCCCUGCAGGCGAUGCUUCAGUCACAUCCAUAGGUCUGACAGGAGUGAAAGUAGCAGGAAAUACUCCAAUAAAAUAAUAAAUACCCCAGAAGGUGAAUUUGGAGCAGGUUUAAAGAUACCUGAACAGAUGAACCGUACGAGGUUACUGGAGUGCCCUGGAGGCAGCUCUGCACUUUAAUCUCUCCAAGUAUUUCUUUUCACUAAGGCAAUAAAAAAAAUGUGAAAUGAGGAGUUUGGGGCUUUGCAGCCCUGUGAGUGAGGAAAAGAAUGUCCUGGUUCUGUCCUCGCCUUGAGCUGGGCAGCAGCUGUGGAGAGCCUGCUCCCCAGGGGGAGAAGCUGCUGGGCUCAGACUGGUGAGUGCUGGAACAAACCAGCAGCAUCCUGGACAUCCUGGCUUGGGCAUGGGAAUCCCUGCUCCAGAUGGGUCUGCCCUCCCUGAGGGACCUCCUGUGUCCCUGACACUGAACCCAGAGUCCUGCACAGCGCUGACCCUGCUGGCUCUGCGCUCAGGCUGUGGGGAGGGACAGCAAUGUGCACAGAAAAAGGGAAUAGCACAGAAUUCCUGGCACAGGAGCAGUGCAUAACCUGUGCCAGCCCAAAGCUUGGUGUCCAACUGCAGCCCCUGCCCAGCUCCCCCAGCCCAGGGGCUGAGGGCUGGAACCUGGCCAGACUCUGCUUUUCUGCCCCAAAUCUGAGCAAAGUUAGGGGUGCUCAGUGAGCAAACUCCACCUGGCUGCAGAGAACACCAGCUGGAUGGUGGUGGUGGAUUCCUUUCAUCAAGAAUGUUUUACCACAUUGACCAAAUGUGAAAUCUGAAAAGUUUUGGGGAGAAAAAAAGUAGUCCAAGCAGCACUACAAAAUGGGUGUUUUCCAUGGAAGAACAGGAGUUUAGAGUAUUUAUUGCUCUGAAAACCAGCAGCUGCUUUGGUCAGAAGGCAACAGAAACAGGGCAGAGCCUUGGGCUUGUGGGGGUUCUUUUCCCACAGAGGAGCAAAUCCUCCUGGCUGAAGGAGGUGUUGGAGGAUGUUCCUGGAAGGAAAACAGUUCAGGUCAGUGCUUUGGCUCUGGAACACUUUCCCAUGUUACUGAACUAAGUCACUAACUCUUUUCCAGCUCUGUUUUACAUUUUACACAACGCUACCUCUGAAAUGUGACACCCCUUAAACCCACACAGAAAAUGUGAACUUAGGAAUUUUUUUUUUAACCUUUUAUAGGCAAUAAAUUAUUCCCAACAUGCAUCCCUCAGUUUGUGUUUGGUUUUUGCUCAGUGUGAGCCAUCACUUUGCUUUUAUUUUAAUGCAAUUUUUCUGUAUUUGUGUUCAUCACAAUCCACGGAGAAGGAAAUAAUGGGAUAAUGGGAGAAAAGCUUAGCAUAUGUUAAUGGGAGAAAAUAUUUCUGUUAAAGCUGAAAAAUGGUGGGGUGGCUGUGCUGGUUUUGGUGCAGUUACUGUGAGAAAUGGGUGUUAUCCUUAAUUCUGGUAUUAAUGAUUGUUGGAACACUGCUCAGUGCAUCAGAUAUCUCAAUCUGAGAGAGCAGUCAGUGAUCUCAGCACUGUGAGGAAAAGGGUUUUACACUCUCUGAGACAUCACCCUUCAUAAAUACCUCCACAGAUUUUUGUUUCAGUUGUUUCCUUUUUUCUCCAUAACUUCAUUGAGACCUUGUAGAAAGGAUUUUGAAGUGUUAAAAUGGGUCAGUAACAAAGUGAGGUCAAAUGUAGAUUUAGACCAUGCUUGUAUUCAAGUUUCAUCUGAAAAGGGGUCCUUGAAUUUCCCCUGUCCCAUUUCUCUCCCUGGAGCACAGGGGGAGGGUGGCAGGAUGCACGAGGGGAUGAGGCACAAGGAGGCAGAAAUGGAGGUUCUGGGCUUUAGUCAAGAAAAUUUCAAUAAGCUAAAAGGUUUCUGUGCUGUGGAAAACAAGAGCUUCUCCUUUAUCUGCAGAUUUUGUGAAAUACCGUUCAAAAAGUCAUUGGCAAAUCCACCCAGUUGUGCUGGGAGAAAAUUGUCUUCUCCAGUAGGAAUUUUAUAAUUUCUGGGGUUAUUUCUGGAAUUACUGAGUGUGUGUGAACACACAGAUGCAGAUUUAUAAUGUGCACAGAUACACUGAACUUGAUCACAGUAGCUCUACAAAGGUAUUUUAACUUGAAAUGUUAAUGGAAUUCUUCUCAAAUAUAUUUCAUUUGCUCUUAUUUUUGUGUCUUGCUGCAUAUUAAUUGCAUAGUUCUGAAAAUUAGUCAAAUACAUCCAUACAAAGAUGGUUUAUGUCCUUGCAACUGGUAACUUUUAGGCUUGGAAAUUUAUGAAAAUGCCCAUAAAAAUGAUAUUUCUAAGUGAUCUUGGCAAAUAAACCAACUGCUGUAUUUAUGAAGAGAUAAUGAAUCUUCUGCUGUGAUAAUUUCUGCUUUAUUUUCACUGUAGGAAUCAGUUUCAUUUUUAAAAAUAUUCUGAAAAUUUAAAUAUUACUGUAUAACUUGGAUGUUUUCCUUCGCCUACAAAACAGGAUAAUUGAUGAUUUUAAAUCUUUUAUCAUUUCCUUUUGGGCCAAUUCCUUACGCUUUGUAACCUGAGCAUAUUCUUAAGUUUCUGUGUGAAAAUCACUAUUUAUAUUUCACUUUUAUGAUUUGUAUCAGUACGUGUAGCAAAGAAACUACUACAAACCUUUAACUGAAGUACCUCCACUAUGGUCCAGGACACCUGAUCUGGGCAUUUGGAGUGCCAGAUGCCCAGAGAAACAGUCCAGACGUUUGUAUUGAGUUGGUUUUCUGUGUAUAUAAAGGGUAUUUAUAAUCUUGUAUUAACAGAGUCAUCAUUGGAAAUGCUGAUUUCCUGCUUUAGAAGCCUGCUCAGCUAUUUUUAUAUAAAACGUUGGUCUUCGCCUUAAUUUUUUUUUGGUGAAAAGUUGUGCCAUAGAUAUUUUAACUUAUCCACAGAUCCUUUACAGAGUUUGCUUUGACUUCUCUUAAUUAAUUAUUUUUUCCUCAAAUUGUCCUAAUUUGUUUUCUCUUCCAAAUUCAUCUCAAGGUUGGUUUGCUUUCUUAAUUUUUUUUUUUUUUGGAAGUUUUGGAAGAUCCUUCAUCUGCAUGCUUUGGUAGCUCAAAUUUUUCCUCUGUAGUUUAUUGUUUAUAGUUUAGAAGAACCUUUUAUUGAAACCCCCCAAAGUAAUGCUUGUACAAAUGUAUUUAGGGUGGCCCAGAUGGUCAGAGAAAAGGGCUAAUUUAGCAUUGGUAAAUUUGUCUACUGACUCAAGGAUAUUUUUCUACGUCUGUCAAGUUUGGGACUAUGGAGAAAUGAAAUAAAGGUGAACUAACUCCUUUUCCUAUA